CCGGAUGAAACAUUUCACAUUCAGUAUUUUCCAAAACAGUCCGAAACACUCAAAAUGACUGGUCGCGGUAAAGGAGGCAAAGGACUCGGUAAAGGAGGCGCGAAACGCCAUCGUAAAGUUUUACGUGACAACAUUCAAGGUAUCACCAAGCCUGCCAUUCGUCGUCUUGCCCGCCGUGGCGGUGUCAAGCGUAUUUCUGGUCUCAUCUACGAAGAGACUCGUGGUGUGUUGAAGGUGUUCCUUGAGAACGUCAUUCGUGACGCUGUUACGUACACCGAACACGCCAAGAGGAAGACGGUGACGGCCAUGGAUGUCGUGUACGCCUUGAAACGCCAGGGUCGCACUCUGUAUGGUUUCGGCGGUUAGGUUUCACAGACUUCCAUUGCUUCUGAACUCAUCGGCCCUUUUCA